CCGGCCAGUUUGUGGGGCCCUUACAGUACAGGAUAUGGAAGCACAUGAAAAGCUGCCUUUACCCAAAUAUUACAUCAAUGACUAUUGACCCUGAGACUGCCCACCCUAAUCUGUCCCUGUCCCAGUCCUGCACUUCAGUGUGGUUUGAGGAAGACAAGGACACAAAGCAUUGCCAGAAAAACCCACAACGGUUCCACUUUUAUUACUGUGUGCUGGGCCAUCAGAGCUUCACGACAGGCCGACACUACUGGGAGGUAGAGGUGGGAUGUAAGACAGCAUGGAGGUUGGGCGUUGCACGACAAGAUGUCCCAAGAGGGGAGAUGGAUGCUACCGGCACCUCCAGUGGCCUCUGGACUCUGGCCCUGAUGGGCGGAUCUGUCCAAGCUUACACCGACCCAAAGCCCACCAAGGUCAACGUAUCGGUCCGACUUGUCCGCGUCGGUGUGUUCUUAGACUGUGAAAAGGAGGAGGUGUCUUUCUAUAACGCUGUUACCAUGGCGCCAAUCUACACCUUUACUAUGGGAUCGGUUGAGGUUCCUCUGCUCCCUUUUUAUAAUCCAUGUGACGCAGAUGAAGGCAAGAACACGGGAGCAAUUAACAUCUUUAACCCUUCACUAUGACGAGGGGCUGCAGGGAUUUCCAACACUAAUUAUUAAUUUUAUAUUAAUAGAAUUAUUCUUACAUUUAGAGCUGAAGUGAUUAGAAAACAAUAAUUGGUAAGUAUUUAAAAUAUCAAUUAAUGGUUAGUAGGAAACAUUUUCAAGCAAAAAUAUUGGCUUUCUUCUGAUUUAUGUGAAUUGUUUGGGUUUGGAAAUGUCAUAAUGUCAUGAUGGACAAAACAAGCCAUUUGAAGAUAUCACCUUCUGACAUUUUUUAAUUGAGUAAAUAAUUGACAGAUUUAAUGAUGAAUAAAAUAGUUGUUAGUUGCAGCCCUAAAUAUAUGAUGCACUUGCUGAAACUUUCCGAAAACCCGUUGCAAACAGAGAAAGUCUACAUUAAAUAAUUUUAAAGAAAAUACAUAAAACAUGGCUGUUGCGAUAACCACAAAUAUUUGUAUCUGUUUUGAAUGCAAAUGUUCUUUCACUGUGAUUACUUUAGAGUUUGUGGAGAAUAAAUGUGAUGGGAAAAUGUGAUGCUUCAAUCUUGAGCAGAUGCAUUUGUAAAAAGAGUUAAAACAAAUCCCAGGUUGUAAUCUGCGGCUGGCCUGGAGCUUCAGGGUCCAUAGCAGGCGUUGACAGCAUUAUGAUGUUACCUUUGGCCUGUUUAUAAAUAUCUCUGUCGUGCUUGCUUCGCUAUGAUGUGUCCAUGCCAAUGUUAUGGAAGCUGUUAAUAGUGUGAUGCGGAGGCCUGAGGGGUGAGAAUGUGGCGCGUCACAUAAAUGAUGGCUGUCAUCGAGUGAGACGACUGACUGAGAAAAGAAUAGACAGCUCCGAGACAGAACCGUCCUUCUGCCAGUUUGUUGUUUGGAGAAUAGGAAAUCAAAGACAACAGGACGGAUGUCAUAAUCACUUGUUUAUUCUUAGUAUUCCUUU